ACAAUACAUAAACAGUGUACGCCGUGCCUUCGGUGUGUUCGAACGUUCGAAGCACGUUAGGAGCAGUUCAAUGUUCGAAUCCGCGCAGGCAUCCAAGUGAUCCAAGAUAAUAACGAGAGAUAAUUCUGCUUAAUCGCAUCCCGGGAUCACGCAUUCUCUUUUCUCGAUUGCUUAUCCAGAAUUCGGCAACACGGUCUGUCGGUGUUAUGUGAACGUAAUUUAGAUACCGUCCUUUUGUAAAGCGGGACGAACGGGUCCUUUGGAGAGGGAUAUCGUUACUUGUGCAUUACUCGUCAAAUGCACGUGCUUCGUUAAAAUUCGCGACGUGACGAUCGCUUAAUCUGACAGAUUAAAUGACAGAAAGAUGUGUGGAACAGUAAGAGGAGCCGUGGACAAGAAUUGAAUUGUAAAGUGGUGGGUCGUCGAUAACGCUUUCUUAAAUGAAAUCGCACCGAGGGAUUGUUUUCGAUCACAGAGAAGGGAUGUUUAUCCGCGACGAUGAAAAGAAGUAUCUGAUUGUUGUUCACCUCGGAUACCGCGAUAAUGAUCUGUCAAUGGUCUCAUUAUCGGUGUGAUUCGUGUAUCUCAUCGUAUGGUAGACAGUCAUCAGCGUGUCAUGGAGGACGGUGGUCAAGUGCAUUCUAGUACUCUCCUCGAAGAGACGUUCUAUGUUACGUCCAAGAAAAACACUUAUUACAAGGUGAGACUAACAGAGAAGGGUCUCAGCCUAGAGAAAGACAAUAAUGGUGCGACGAAGGUUGAAACGAUCGUUCUAAACGACAUAAUAGGGUGCAGAUGUAUGCGUUCGAAACGCAAAAGCGCGGGAAGCUGUGUCUGUGGUCCAGGCACCUCCAAGUCUCAAUUCAAGCUAGUCGAGUCUAUGGAAGCGUAUCAAUGCUACGAUGAGUUCGACACCUCCGCGUAUCUGUACAUUUACGCCUACACGCUGAAAAAGGCGCGGAUGAAAGGCGCCAAGAGACGUGAAAGGACAACGAUCACGCUGCGGUUUCGUAGUUUUGAUAAAUACGAGGAUAAUUUACGGGAGGCCAGCAGGUGGCGAUUGGCUAUAAAAUGUCUUAUUGUCGGUGUCCCCGUGCCUAAAAGUUUCAUGAGCCCAAGUCACGAGAACCUUGAAUCGUUGAUCAGCGCGUGCCCAGGGGAACAGAGGAAGAUGUUGGUGCUACUUAAUCCAAAAUCUGGCCCGGGAAGGGGCCGCGAGACGUUCCAGAAGAGGAUCCAUCCGAUUCUGUCGGAAGCCGAGAGGCCUUACGAGGUUCACAUCACAAAGUGUGCCAAUUACGCGCGCGAGUUUGUGCGUACGAGGGACAUCUAUCAAUGGAGCGGUCUGGUGAUGGUCGGGGGCGACGGUAUCGUGUUCGAGGUACUGAACGGGCUUUUUCAACGACCGGAUUGGGAGAAAGCGCUGAGAGAAUUGCCCCUUGGCGUGAUACCCUGCGGUUCCGGUAACGGGUUGGCAAAAUCCAUCGCGUACGCUAAACAAGAGCCGUACGAUUCGAAUCCGCUUUUGGUGAGCGCGCUGGCCGUGGUCAAAUUCAAGAGCACACAGAUGGAUUUGGUGCGCGUUGAAACCAGAAACCAAAUACUGUUCUCGUUCUUAUCAAUUGGCUGGGGCUUGCUCGCAGACAUCGAUAUUGAAAGCGAACGUCUCCGGGCGAUAGGCGGUCAACGAUUCACCGUAUGGACAAUCGCGCGGCUGAUUGGACUGAGAACGUAUAAGGGCAAGGUUUCAUACCUACCUUGCGAUAAAGUGUCGUCUAGUGAGAGUUUGAGCAAUGGAAAGGCCUAUAAGGAGUACGUGAGUGAAGUCCAAAUAUCCCAUUCAAGGAGCUGCGGCGAUGACUUGGAUCGAUACAGUAAAGUUAGUGAAUCGAAGAGCUUCCAUGAUGCACUCGACGGGGACGCCGCGGUUUUGGAUGGAUCCUUCGAUGGCUACGAGGAUAACGAGAUAAUAAGCGAAAGCAUUACUCUGGAAACGGAAACUGAGAGAAGACAAAGACUAGAUAGUUUCUACUCGGCGACCUCCGCGAGAUCGACGUACUUCAGCACGGGCUCCAUUUCCAGUUACCAUAGUAUCGAUCAGCCCGAUAAUGGAGAAGUUGAUACAGACAAUGUUAGUCAGCUUAUGUAUGGUCCAUCAUCGAGAUUACCCGCUCUGACUUCUGAAGUGCCAAGCUCCUGGACACAAAUCCAAGGAGAGUUCGUCAUGGUCCACGCGGCGUUCCAGUCUCAUUUGGGCCAGGAUUAUUUCUUCGCACCCCGUGCCAAAUUGGCGGAUGGUAUUAUUUGGCUCGUGAUAGUGAAAGCCGGAAUCACUAGAGCCAAUUUGCUCCAGUUCCUGUUGGGUUUAAGUAAUGGUACCCAUUUAACACGUUCCGGCAUCGAGAUAAUACCGGUGAAGGCGUUCCGAUUAGAACCAGAAGAAGGAGCGCACGGUUAUAUUACGGUGGAUGGAGAAAAGGUAGAUUAUGGGCCCUUGCAAGCUGAAAUAUUCCCGUCCUUGGCGUCGGUGAUGUCUCCUUGAUACAAAUUAUCGUUAUACUUCAUAUGAAGCUAGCAAUGAAAAUCAAAUGGUACAAUCCUAGUGCGAUAUAUACGGUAGCAUGGUCCUGGUGACAAUACUGUAUUAAAAUAUAUUUACAUAGCGUCACGAUUUGGUGAACCGCGAUAGGUGUACAUUCUAGACUGUGAAAUUAAAUCAUUCCAUCAGGCGCAUACGAAUAAUCUAGGUAUAAUUUAAAUAAUGAGAUUCGAUGUAGUCACUGUUCACACAAGCUCAAUACGUUUAUUUCAUAGAUAUUUUUUCUACUGGAUGAUUCAUUAUUGUUCAUACGCUAAAAUUAUACCUUUACUAGAUGACAAAUGUUUCAGCACUUUGAUUAAUUCAUUAUUUGUAUUUCUGUCCGAGGUUUUCUUGAUAGAUAAAAUUAAUAUUAGAUUGUGCAAAUUCCAUUUUUCUAUACGCGAUAUCGCACAACGACGCUGACUAGUCACUGUUUUGUCAGCGCAAAUCGUACCCCUUUGGUCUGUUUUCUACAUGAUACACAGUAGUGUAACUUUAAAAAUGUCCUACAGGCUUUGAGCUACUCGGCAAGUACUGUUGAGUUUGAUAAAUAGCUACUUCUGAUCGAAUCGAGUACGUAUACACUUAACCCUCGACUUGCACGGAUGAUUGAUGAUGGAAGUUCUGCGUAAAUUGUGACCCCUCAUUUGCAUGGGAAAUAAGAAGGCGUUUAAAGGUUUAAUUGCGUCUAAUAAGAAUAAUCAAGCGAUUUACCGCUUUGUAUUUAUUGUAAUAUCAUUUUUGUACAUAGGAAGAUUUUGUAAAAUAUCGCAGAAUUGUAUAUGAACUGUACGAGAUCCUCUAUUUGAAUGGAAAAUAAGGAGCAGGUCAUUCGUUUAAUAAAGUGUUCAAUUGUUACGCGUUAGCUCCGAUUUAUUUUUCUUUACAGGCUGCGAACCGCCAAAGAAAUAUGUUUUUACGCGCAUGUUUAUUCAUAUACGAAAGACUAUAUUUUUAUAUUUCAAAGUCGUAUUAAUAAAAACCAUACAAAUACGAAAUUGGUGAGAGCGAAACUUUAUUUACAUUUUUUCUUUUUAAUUAAUGAAAGAAUAAUCUUCUUAGAUAUAAGGUUUAUUCAAUUAUAAUUGAGUAACUCGAGGUUUAGGUGUAUUGUUUACGAAAGUCUUGGAAUGGAUAUAAUAAUUUAUCGAACGAGAAAUACUGUAGUCUGGUAUAUGUGCUGGCGACACAGUAUUGAUUUAAUUAUUGAUAUCGAGCUCGAAUCUUGUACAGAUGCAUUAACCAUUGCAAGUGUCGGUCUUCCGAGUUAUUGUAUUUCUUUGCCUAACGUUUAUGUUCAUAUUUUCUCAAGACAUUAUUAAUUAAUAACGUAAUAAGUAACAUAUCAAGUUACCUGACGGACAACGUACGAUUAGUAAAAAACUGGUUUGUAUGAAACUCUUAGUUAGUAUCGUGACACUUGAUAAUUCUAUAAAUUAUGUAUUUUGCGGCGUCGUAAAUCUACUAUCGUAUCGUAUCGAUUGUGAGAAAAAAUAGACGGAAGAAACUGAAGAACUGAUUUGCGAUUACAAGUAAUCGAAUUACGAUACAUGAUACGCCUGUACAUUUAACUUGGAGGCUACCGGUUUACAAAUUAAUUAUUUCCUGGAUAAUUAAUGGGAGAAUUAAUAACCAGUUGUCGUGUAUAAUUGCAAACCUAUUUAUUCUGAUCAAGAGAUUUUAUUCUGUCCUUCCUAGUCACAUAACUCGAUUUUACUGGCCUUCGAUCUUGUAACACAAGCAUAUCGCAAGAAUAUGUAUGAAUCUUCUUUUAUCAAAUCAUAAUUUAACCGUACAUUAAAUGAGAGGAACAGUGAAUAGUUGUUGAUAUUAUUACAUAGGAAUAUGAAAUUUUCGAAGCGAUCUAUUUUAAAACAAUGUAAUUCCAUUGGGUAUGCAUGUAUGAUAUUUUUGUAUAGUUUUCUUUCUAUUCAUUUACUUCUGUGAAAUGUAUCAUAGUGUGAAUAAUUGUACGAUUAACGUAAAGAAAGUCCUGAAUUACAUCAGAAGAAACGAGAUCGUGUAUAAUAUUAAUUUUUGUUAUUCCGCUAUUUUUUAGCGGAACGAUCGUUAAUGUUUAAUGAGAGUUGUUUAGUAUGAUGGCGAAUAUAAAUAAUAAAUUUCUUUGCGUCAAGUCA